CCCUUUGGGCCAUCAGUUAUGCACCCCCCCCCCCCCAUAUAAAUGUCUACGUACAGGCCUGUAUAGAGUUAAUUUUGUAGUCCACAUUUGGUGCAUGUCACAUGACCAUAUGCUAGUUCACCAAGAUAAUCCUCGCGUGCAAGCACAAACAGCGAGGUUUAUCUUGUCUAGGCAUUCCGCCAUUAGCAGCUUCUGGACAACGGUUCCGAGUAAUUUUGCUCGGAACGAAAUUGCGGUCAAAAUAACGAUUACCAUCACAUUUCCACACCCUAAUCGUAUAUUGUGAUCUAUUUCGAGCUCACUGAGACCAAGAAAUACUUACUUUGAAACAAUCUUCACUUUGAAUUAAAGGAAAAAAGUCCUACUUUACCGAGCGGAUUCUAGCAGCCACUUUCUAGCAGACAAUUACGCUGGCAGACAAUUACACCGGACUCGUAUGCCUUUCAAACACACCGAUAUGCUAAUUAUUAGUAUUCACUAUAACUUAAGAAUUUCAGAGUUUAAAAGAAUAUCUUUAUAUAAGAAACCACACAAAAUCAAAAUAACAACAAAGACUCAUUUUUAUGUCUUGAAAGGUCUUCGAAAGGUGUAUGAGUCCGGUGUUUAGAACGUCGCCAUGCGUGUCAGCUGAAAUUGUCUGCCAGCGUAAUUGUCUGCUAGAAAGUGGCCAGAUUAACAAGGCUAAAUUUUGUAAUUUGUAUGCCUCCUAGUAUUUUUUUUUUCUCUAUUAUUAUAUUUAAUUUAUAGACAGCACGGGGCAAGUACGUUACAUAAAUACUUUUACCACACUUACUACGUCCCUCCGGUGCUAAAAAUUUAACAAACGCAUCGCAUAUAAUUGCUUUUUGUCUAAAACAAAUCAAGAAAAGUACUUAAUAUUAUAACCUCAUGGGGGCAAGAGCUCCACCCGUUUCCCCCCAUCAUUUAUAAUAGUUUAUUAAUGUUUCCUUCUCUUUUUUUUUGUCGUUUUGUAGCAUGAUGAUAUUAGUUAGGGUUAGGGUUAGGGUUAGGGAUAUAUAUACCCCAUCAAAAAAUCCCUCUUUAGAUCGAUAACUAAUGGGGGGAACGGGCGGUACACUUUCCCCAGUUCGUACCCAAAGGCAUACCAAACAAAGGCAUAAAUUAAAACAAAAAGUUGUAUUCUUCUAUCAAAAAUGUAUUAUAUCGGACAAUGUAGACAUUAUUAGACCUAAAAAAAAGCCCACAUUCCAAAAACAUGGGAUAUCAGAUCUUAUUAUAUUUUUGUGCGUGCGUGUGCGAACGUAAGUACGUGUGCGUGUAUGAAUGUUUUUGUUUUGAGCAUAUAUACAUGUGUACGAAGAGAGGAUCGGUCUUGCGAAAUAUUCUGAUCGAUAUCUCGGAACGGUUAUGCAUAACAAUAAACACCAUCGCUGCACUGUGUAAUCGACACCAAAUUACAAGACAAAAGAAUGCUCUUUGGCUACGAAAAGCCUUCGACAGUCUUAGAAGAGGAACACAAGUUCAAGGACUGGUGACCCUCAUGGACUAUGUGGACCGCACCUGGAUGAGGAGCAGUGUGUGGUCUGUGAGCGCCUGGUCAGUCUUCAACCAGAGUGUGAGGACCAACAACGAUGUGGAGGGCUGGCAUCACCGACUGAACCACCGUGCCCUUGGAACAGCCCCUCCCUUCUACAUGCUCCACACUGAAGCCAGGCUGGUUCCUCUGACAUGCCGGUUCGUCUCAGAGAGGAAGAUGCGACGGCGACAGAGGAAGGCUUUCAGGAAUCUGCAGGGGAAAAUAUUCGAACUGUGGAGACGCUACGCAGAUGGUGAAGUGUCCACUUCGAGAUUCCUGUCUGCCUGUGGAAAGCUGUACGCCCCUGUUGCACACUGA